AUGAACAACAACAACAACAACAACAGUAAUUUAAACAUUCAAAGUUUAGAACUAGUCGGGACUGAAAGUAUGUCAGGAGCAUCAUCGACAGAAUCUACAGCAGUAGCCUCAGCAUCGUCUUCGACGGCCAUCAAAGAAUACUGCGAGAACGAGUUCUUCGUAGCGAACUGUGGCAACCAAUCAGCGAUCAUCAUCACCCACGCCCUCUACGGCAGAAUGAGCAUUGGAAAGUGUCUGAAAAACUACCAGACAGGAUGCGCAAAAGACGUAAAAACGCAAUUGGAGCGAUUGUGUGGCGGUCGAUCGAGCUGCCGUGUGGCCGUCAGUGGCUUCAUCGAAAAUGCCACUUCUGUGCCAUGCCCUGUUGAUCUGAGGAGUUACCUGGAAGCUGCCUACGUCUGUGUCGAUGCUCAGUGCACUGUGUACGUGACGAUAAAAGAAAAAGAGCCAGACGGGCAGUUCAGACAUGGCUGCAGAGUGAGACAGCGGGAGAAUAACAUGCUCAUCUCGUCUGCUCAGCUUCUUGAAGUCAGCAGUAGCAGCUUGGACAGCCACAAGUUCAUCGUGAAGUAUGAAGUUGUUGGCUGCAAAGAUCCCGAACUUCCGAGUGAUGGAUGGAUGAAGAGGGAUGAUUAUCAGGCCGUAGUGGGAUGUUCCGCGAGUCCCAAGGAACAAAUAAGAAUAACGUGUAACGGAACGCAUUGGUCCCAUGACACCAAGACACUGUGUAAUAUGCAAACGUGCAAGCAACAAUAA